UUAGAACCAGAUGUGAGGGCGAAGAUCGAAACCAAAAUGGUUUCGCUCUUCGAAAACUACGAACAACAAUAUUCGGUGCUGACGGCUGACAUAACAGCUCAAGUCGGCCAGUUAACCGCCACCGCAUCAAAGGAUCGCAGACAGUUGAUAUCGAAUAUCGAGAAACAUGUCGAGGAGGCCCAGGAACUGUUGGAACAAAUGGAGCUGGAAGUUAGGGAGAUUGAGCCAUCGAAAAAACAACGGUGCAGAACGAAAUUGGACUGCUAUCGAGCCGAACUUAAACGUCUCACCGUUGAUUAUAUUAAAGCCCGGUCGGUGAAGCAAACGUUAAACUAUGACAGUCCAGAAGAAAUCGGCGACAUUCGUAUAGCCGUUGAUCAAAAACAAAGACUAUUGGAUAAUUCCGAACGGAUCGAAAGGACUGGGAAGAAACUUGAAGAGGGUUACAGGGUUGUGUUAGAAACCCAGGAGAUAGGUAACCAAGUACUUAAAAAUCUAGGGGACCAAAGAGAAACCAUCCAACGUUCCAGAGCUAGGUUACGAGACACCAAUGAAGAUUUAAGUCGGUCGUCGCGACUAAUGAACACCAUGAUCAUGAGAUCCAUCCAGCAAAGAGUGGUACUGUUCGCUGUCGGUGCCUGUUUUCUUAUCGCCAUAGUUUUAGGAUUGUAUUAUAGGUUCAGAAAUUGAUUUCAAGUGUCAUGCAUCACACACAAGAGCAAAUAAUACUUUUUAGUUGAUUGUCGAUUUUUGUGUCGUGUAAUUUUAAGUAUUUUUUCAAGACUGGCCAUUUAAUUAUUCAAAACCCGCUUAAUUGUUAUUUUAAGAAGCUACACCAAAACUACACACUUUAGCUUAAUUUUCGUUUUAGCAUAUUUAUUGUUGUUACAUUGUUACAUUCCGAUAUAAGAUAUAUCUGUUGUUACAAAUUGUUUUAGUUUUAAGACAUUUGUGGGGUACAAACCUACAACAAUCAAAAUAUUUUAAAUAAAAUAAUUAAAAACUA